CCCCCCCCCCCCCCCACUCUAAGAAACACAGAGAGAGAGAGAGAGAGAACCUUUCUCUCCAGGAUCACAAUCCAACGGUUCAAAAUGAAAGCCAUUCCUACGCAAAGCUUCCUGAUGCUUUAGGACAAACAACUCACUCUCUCACCACCAAACCACAACAGCUGACGAACAAGCUUCGCAACUCUCAGAUCUCUCUCUCUCUCUCUCUCUCUCUCUAAGAAAGCCAAAGCUUUCAGUACCAGCUGCUUCAAAUUUCGCUAGCUCUCAGCUCUCUUCAGGGCGUUUUCCGUACGUCGUUGAGUCCGUACAAAUGGAGACCAAAAGGCGUACGUCGACGAGUAGUGGUGGUGCUGCUGUCGUUCAACUAGUUGAAGCUACGUUUGGUCAGCUCUUGCUGCUAACGUGCGCCUGGGAUGCUCUUCUUGCGAAUCUGCUUACCGCCUCUGGCUUGCUUUCUUUCUCUCAAGAUCCUUUCGUGCUCUCAACAACUUGUGGACAGAAAAGUCACGGGGUACAAUGAGAGUGAACAUUCCAACUCCGAAGCAGUUGAUGGGGACGAAGAUGGAGACGAAGAGAAGAACAAUGACGGUGGCUUUGGAGACACUGAUGAGGAGCUAUCUUCGGAAGAUGGAGGUGGCGCUGGGAACAACCCUAAUGGGAAAAGUAACAACUCCAAAGCCGGGUCUGGAGGAGAAGACGGCGAAGUAGGCAAAGAUGGUGAAGAGGAGGAGGAAGAUGGCAAUAAUCAUGACGACAAUGACAAUGAUGGCAAGGAUGACGGAGAUGAAGACAAUGAAGAUGAUGAGGACGAUGAGGACGACGAUGAAGGUGAGGUCAAGGACGAGGAGGAAAUUGUGGAUGAGGAGGAACCUGAGGACGAUGAGAAGAGGACGAGGAAGAGGCCCUUCAGCCCCCGAAGAAGAGGAAAAAGUGAAAGAAGCAUUUUUCCAAUUUACCAACUCCGCAAAUGUUGUUACUCUUUUCAUAGGGGAGGCUACUGUUGCCAGAACCGUUUAAGCUAAUUUUAUUGUAUGUCGUACACAUUUUGGUCCAAUAAUAUUCAGUUUACAGAGAGAA